UUUACCUGCCUGUUCUUACCUGCCUAUAUCUAUCCUCACGUUCCUCACGUUCCCCACCUUGGAUAAAUGCGAGGAACAAAUAUAGAUAUAAGGCGUACUUAUCGAGGGUGUCGAUUCAGUCGCUCGUGACAUGUGUAUACGAUUUGAUUAAAGAGAAAGAAAUCCGGAUUCUUUUGCGUUCGCUACAACAUAGUGUUCUUAUCUGAUAAUUUUUAAAACUGCAAAGGCAGCUUGAAAUACUGUAGGUUGUCAUUACAGUUGAGAAAGACAAACUACACGACAAAUACGACGUUCUCUGGUUUUAACAAGAAAGAAAAGUAAAAUAAAACAUUGUUUGCUGUGUCUUGUUUUCAAUAAACUGUCAAGGAUGAUUCUAACAUGGAAAGCAUGCUAUAACGUUAAGAGAUGUCGUUUGGAAGCGACAUCUCUAGUACUAUCCCGAACGCAUGGCGACUACAGAGAGAGGCAAUGUUACCUGUACCAGUGGUACAAGCUGACAGUCUCUGACAGUGAGUCUGAAUCAGAGCAAGACGAUGAUGAAAAUAAUAAUGAAAUUAUUACGCAUGUAGGAUGGUCGCAAGAUAUGGUUUUCUUCGAUAAUGAAACUGCAAGACAAGCGAAAGUAAAUAUAAACUGGAAACAAUUAGAAGCAAUCGAGUUGGGUUAUCUGUCAUGAUAAAAACAAAAAUUAAAAUGCAAAGAGGCAACCGAGUUCCGCAACGAUGGGUGUUCGCUGUUAUGGGAGUUUUAGCUGUACUGAACGCGUAUAGUAUGAGAGUUUGUCUUUCGAUCGCAAUAACGGAAAUGACCGUGGUAGAUAAUAAAACUCAUAGCAACUCAGAUAAUACUUGUCCAAUACCGGACGACGUUAAAGAUGAAGAAAAAAUAAUCACCUCUAAACGAUAUCAUUGGAAAGGAGAGACAACGGGCAUCAUUCUGUCAUCCUUUUACUGGGGUUACGUUAUUACGCAUCUGCCAGGCGGAAUGUUAGCUGAAAGAUUUGGUGGCAAGUACUCCCUCGGCCUUGGAAUACUAUCUACUGCAAUAUUCACACUACUGACACCGGUAGCAGUUGAGUGGGGAGAAGCAACCGCCUUAAUCGUUUUGCGGAUUCUCAUGGGACUAGGUGAGGGUACGACCUUUCCAGCAUUGAACGCUAUGCUUGCACAAUGGACACCGCCAGAGGAAAGAUCGUUAAUUGGUUCAUUGGUGUUCGCUGGAGCUCAACUCGGCACGGUGUUCGGUACUUUGAUAUCUGGUCUGAUUCUUCAUUACUAUUCAUGGCCAGUUGUAUUUUAUGUGUUCGGUGCACUGGGCGUGCUGUGGUUUAUUAUAUGGGUUUUAACCUGCUACAACAAUCCGUAUGAGCAUCCCUUCAUUUCCGAACGGGAAGUAAAGUAUUUACAUGAGCGUAUGAGCGAGCAUACUCAUAAAAAACCACCGUCAGUACCAUGGCGACAUAUGCUGAAGUCUGUACCACUUUGGGCACUAGUCGCCGCCCAGGUUGGCCACGACUGGGGCUUUUUCACUAUGGUAACUGACCUGCCUACAUAUAUGAGCAAUGUACUUCAUUACUCCAUUAAAAGUAAUGGUUUUUAUUCGUCGUUACCGUAUCUUAUGAUGUGGUUCAGUAGUCUGCUAACAUCCUGGCUGGCUGAUUGGAUGAUCACCAAAGGUGUUAUGUCAUGUACGAAUGUGCGAAAACUCGGCACGACAAUUGCCUCGUUGGGCCCAGGAGCAUUUAUCAUUGCUGCCUCAUAUAGUAAAUGCGAUCGAACGGUAGUCGUCAUUAUGUUCACCGUUGGCAUGACUUUGAUGGGAACUUUUUACCCUGGAAUGAAAGUCAAUGGGCUGGACCUUAGUCCUAAUUAUUCUGGCACUCUAAUGGCGAUGGUCAAUGGAAUUGGUGCUGUCACUGGCAUUAUAACGCCAUAUAUUGUUUCUGUGCUUACUCCUGACGAGACUUUAAGUCAAUGGCAACUCGUCUUCUGGAUCGUCUUUGGUGUCUUCAUCGUAACGAAUCUAAUUUUCGUUUUGUUCGCUAGCGGCGAAGUUCAAUACUGGAAUGACCCCGAGUUCGUCAUACGAGAUCGGGAAAGACGAUGGCGCAAAACAGAGGGCGAGGCACCAAAGAAAUCGAAUAAAACUGCAACGUAAUGAUCCUUUGUUAUUUUAUUUGAAUGUAUUUUAAUAAUUGUAACAUAUAUCACAUUGAUUAUCAUAAUAAUGUUAUAUUUAGUGGUUUUCUUUCAUCUGUUUUCUUUCAUCUUAAAUGACAUGCGAUAAUGCUUGAUGUAAAGAAUUGUUACAUGCAUAUUUUUGUGAACAAUAUCAUUACAUAUCCACAAAACGUACAA